AUGAUGACAGGCCGUUAUGAGGCACGCCCGGAGCGUCAAAAUGAAUAUUUCAUUCCCGGUGAAGGAAUCAGCCGUGAAGUCAUUCAAGCAGAUAUCUGUCGCUACCUUGGAAACGAUGCCCUCGUGAGACCUGGCAACCACAAUGGCCGCCCAGGCUUCUUCAUCCGUGCCUAUCGGAAUCUCACAUCGGAGAUGAUUACUGAUCUGAAGGCGGACUCCGCUCGCUGGGAGGCGGACGUGUCGCGUCGGGCUGACCUAGGCUACCCCCGAGGCAGUUACAUCCAGGACAUGAACGUGUCCCACGCCCCUAACCCUCCUCCAGCGAACUACUCCACUUCAUCCAUCCACGAGGUUCGCCAGUCACAAGGCCCAUCUCCCACACCUUUCACUGCCGCUCCCGCGCAGUCAUACAUGGAUCCGUAUUCCCAGAGCCCUUACAGUGGAUCCCAAAGUGCCCCCUACACCAACCCUUCAUCUUACACAUCUUCAACUCACUCGCCGUACGCAUCAGGUACAGCCCCGUACCCCCCGCCCCAGGUUACUUACUCCGGCGCCAGCCAGCCGAUCGUGACCGCUGCGGACAUGCACCCCCAAUCGUACACAUAUGCCCCCACGGGCUACGGUGGCUACGAUAAUGGUCGAAGCAAUGCUCCCCGCUACCCGGGGCCUGGAUAUGAUGCCGACCAGGAUUACUCUCCCGUAACCUCCGGGAUGGCCUAUCCUACAACUACUGCCCCGGACCCCCGGAUAGGAGGAAUGGAGCCCAGAUACACCCCUGAAUAUGAGCGCAGGCCGCAAGCAACCAGAAAUGACCCGCACCGUCGGCGUUAA